GUUCUGCCUCCUGCAGUCCGCCUGGUCCCAAGAUGCCGACGUCACGGUCACGGUCGUCGACGUCAGCGAUCAGGAUGUCUUCCUCAACAUCAUCACAGCCCCGGAGGCCUUGCCUGGCCUGGUUUGGUUCUUCCUCACGGCUCCGGGUGCCGAGCCCACUCCUACAGAGAUGAAGAGCGGAGCCGGUGCCGUGGGUCCUGCGAGCUGCCAGGACCUGGCCGAUGCGAUCACGCUCCCAGACGAGACGCUCGGCCUCGUGUUUUGCAACUUGCCCUACGGGGCAGAAUACACGCUGCAGGUCUACUUCGAGGGCAACGGCACCAGGCUGCUGCGAGAAAACGUCACAGUGCCCGUGGAGCCAAGCCCGCUUCCCACCGGCCCCUUCUGUUUCGACAUUGACUAUGACUACGCCGGGGCGACCGUGGAGAGCAACACCACAGCUGCGGACUCCGUCGCUUGCCAAGUGCUUUGUGCAGCCAGCGCUACGUGCCUCCAUUUCCGCUACGUCUACGGCGCUUCUUCUCCCGACUUCCAGCGCUGCGACCUUCUCUCCUCAGGGCCCCUCAGCGGCAGCGCCUCCCCGGCUGCGGGUUUCCAUUCGGGGCCGCAGAGCUGCGACAGCC